GCCCAUAGGUGGUAGAUGGUCUCUGACUGUCGAACGCGGAGGUACCACCCGGCGGUUCUCGUAGGCGGAGCCAGAAUGUGUGCAUGUUGCAUGCACACGUGUUCCCUCGCCAGAUUCCGUGUGGCGUCCCCCCCCCUUUCCCAUGUAUCCCCCUAUAGCCCCACGGUACCCAAUGGUUGCUUAGGCCUUAGGCCUUCGUGGAAGUUGGAGUAUAAAAAAAAAUGAUCUGUCAAUAAAAUUUUGGUAUUGAUAUUUAACACCUAUGUCUGUAGCCUUAUACGUUUUUUAGUUUGUUG